AAGAACAAUCUGAGCACACAUUAGUGCCAUUUGUUUGGUUAUUGUGUUACUCUUUACUAAAGCGUAAUGCCUCAGAGAAUUGCGAUCAAUUCCAAUGUGGAAGCCAAACCCGCUGACGUCGGAGGCGGUUUAUCCAGCGCAGUCGUACAGGGCCUGUAUUCGGAGCGUGCUGCUAUAUGGUUUGACUGCAGAGCGUACGAAAGAGCAGAAAGCCACUAUUAUAUGAGGCUUCAAGAGCAGCAAAAUGGGACCACGUCUGCUGCAAGCACCUCAAAUUCCCAGCGCAGCCGAGAAAAGUCUCAGAAACGCCCCGAAUCAGUUCCCACUCCUCAUUCUCUUCCAUUCUUACCCGAAAGCCCUUCGACCCAUACGUUAUGCGAUGAAGGCUACCUAUCACAAACCCCAACUCCCCGCACUCCCGCAUCAGCACCAAUUAACGGUCUGCCAUUUGUGCCUGCAUUCCUCCAAGGGGUGUGGUUUCAGAAGCCCCUCUACGACCGGGCGGAAGCGACGUUCUACCAGAACCUGUACCGUGUGACUGAGCUUCAAUCCACACCCAAUGACAAGCAAGUGUGCGCCGGGCAUCCACGUGCCCCUGUCGCUGACAAAGCCAAAUCGGAUAAGGCGAAGGAGAAGAAACCAAGCAAUGGUGGAGUCCAGAAAGGAAGCAGUGCAUUAUGUCACUUCCUGCAUGCAGACAGUGAGAGGGUUUGGCUAGAACGCAGUCGAUAUGCGGAGGCGGAAACUCGUUUCUACGAAGCCGUGACGACCAAAACCGGCUGUAGCUUAUCGCAGAAAAUGAGUGCAAUGGAGUGCUUGGCUCAAGAGAGGAUCUGGUUUGACAAAUCUCGAUACGACGAGGCUGAACGAAAGUUCUACGAGAGCAUGAACGGCCCCACACUACCGCCUCAGGACACGGGUGCUAAUAGUAUUCUUCAGGACAUCGCAAGAGCACGAGAGAACAUCCAGAAGUCUCUUGCUGGAUUGAAGACGACCUUGCAGCCAACUACAGGCUCCGCCCAUAAACCCCCAAACCCCUCCCACAGCCUCACUACGGCAGGAGGAAGUAGUGCCGAACAUGGGGAACUUCUCACACGCAUGAAGAAACUGGAACUGGAGAACCAAAGUCUACAAAAAAUGGUGGAGCAGUUGCGUUCUGUUGUCUCUAACCUGGAGAGCCGAGUCUCCGUCCUGGAAAAAAGACCAGCAGCCCCAGCGGCAGUGGUUAAUGGAAUUUCGUCUACCGCUCCUCCUCCUCCGCAGAAAACAGCUCCUGCGCCAGCAGAUGAUGAGGAUGACGAUGAUGACAUGGACCUGUUCGGCAGCGACGAUGAGGUGGACGAAGAGGCAGAGCGUCUCAAGGAGCAACGGCUUCAGGAAUACGCAGCCAAAAAGGCCAAAAAACCUGCCAUCAUCGCCAAAUCGUCCAUCCUGUUGGACGUCAAGCCGUGGGAUGACGAGACGGACAUGGCAAAGAUGGAGGAGUGUGUGAGAUCCAUCCAGGUCGACGGCUUGCUCUGGGGUGCCUCCAAACUGGUACCGGUUGGUUACGGUAUCAAGAAGCUGCAGAUCAACUGCGUGGUUGAAGAUGACAAGGUGGGAACAGACCUGCUGGAGGAGGAGAUCACCAAGUUUGAAGAUUAUGUCCAAAGUGUGGAUGUCGCAGCUUUCAAUAAGAUUUAAAGCACUACCAUACUUUUCCCAUAAACUCAUUCCUAUCUGCACUAGACAAGAUCCUCAUGAAAUAACAUUUGACAAUAAAGAGCCCUGACAUUAUUCUGUUUAUUUACUUUUUUUCUGUUGUGCUUUUGACUGUAAAAUUACCUACUCCUUUACAUCACAAAUAGUUACGUAUGAGCAGAACAAACCUAAACCAAAACAAAAUGUGCAGAUUUAUCUGUAGUUCUGACUUUUUUUUUUUUUUUAAUGACAUUAAUUUCAUUCAUCUGAAUGUGGAUUGAGUUAAAAUGUGCUCACUGUAGAUGCUCAGGAUCCAUGAUGCCUGUGAAAGGGUGAUAUUUGUAACUGUAGAAGAAUCCAGGGAAUAGCUAACAGGUUCUCUUGUGAUAAUUGUGUAGUCGUUCAUCGGCUGGUCCCAUCUCCUACAGCAUCAGAACUACUUUCCUCUCUCUUUCUUUAGACUAAUGAGGGUUUUUCCACACAUGAAAUAUUUCCCCUGGGUCAGUGUAAAUCCUGGGAUAGCAGAAUCCUGGGUUAUCUUUUCAGGCGUUUCACACUGCUUAUACUUUACCUGGGUUUUUACAAUUGAUCUUAGAUAUUCAGAAUCUGAUAUUUCACACUAUACAUCCUUAAAGCCUGGAUUAACCUUUUUACUUGUCACCGACGACCAUUUUGAUUAGUGAGGAAAAAAUAUUGUUGCAUUAAUUUAUCAUGUACCUGACCAGGCGUUUAUUGAAAUCCAUCUUCGGCUAAUUUUUCAGUAAUUUCUUAAAUACUUGGUUAUUUCUGACCGCCAUCCAAUUUGUCCUGACACUUCUGACCCUAACUAUAAAAAACAAAACAAAAGUCUCUUCUUUGCAUGUAAUUUCAUUUCAACUUGUUUUUGAUGUUAUUUGUUAUAUUUUUACCCACAAACUCUAUAUUUACUGUUUACACUACAAAUGGGAUUUCUUUGACUAUACAAAGCGGGACAUAUGAGACAUCCGCUGUGCAAUUUCUGAUCCAACCGUAACAUUCUAACUCUGCAUCGUUUCACACUGUAUCCGUUUGCCACCACAAUGCAGGGUUAACAGUGUAAACGCUUCGGAGAAGGGUUUCAUAACCCAGGGGUAAAAAGCGGCGCUAAUCCCUGCUUCUGAAUUACAAAGUGUGAAACGUUCCUCUACCUGGGGGCUUUUAGGAUGACGUUAACCUGGGAUUGAGGGUGCAGUGUGAAAAGCCCUAUAGUGAACUAUCCUGACAAAUAUUUGUAAUUGGAACACUACCAAAUAAAUUGCUGAAAAGAAAUACAGUAUAGUAAUAUUGAAGGAAAGUUGUUGAUGUAGAAUAUACCAUGUUCACUGUGUAGCUGUAUAGAGACGUAUUUUUUCCUAGUUUUAUUUAACGUAAUGUUAUGCCCAGUGCUUUGAAGAUCAGUGGAUAAAGCCUUACUUAAUUUCAGGAAAAUGACAAGGGACUAUAUCUGGAUUAUAUAUAUACACUUCAGAUUAAAACUGUAGAGAUCGCUUCAAUGAUUUCUGUGAGUGUGUGAAAGUCUGCCUGUAGACAGUACAGUAGCGUUCCCUGAGAUCAAGUUGUCCAGCCGUGAUGCUACAGACAUAAGAUCUGAUCUUUUCUCAUGGCCCAUUGAUAAACUAAAACACAUCAGCUGUACUCAGAAGUGACUGAUUUGUCUCUCUUUUUCUCUCAGGUACUGUCUUUUCCCUUGGUCUCUGUAUCUAUAAUAAACUGAAUUGACUGUGUU